AUGACAACAACAAUAAGCAAACAUGAUCUACAAUUACAACAGCAACAGCAGCAGCAACAGCAACAACAAUUGCUACUACUACAACAGCAAGAGCAUACGCAGCAGCAAUUACAUGUGCAUUACACAGACCAACAACAACAACAACAACAACAACAACAGCGUUCUUCACUUUUAACAAAACCAACAACCAAUAAAAGUUUGUUAUUUAAUAAUACCGUUAGUAGUUUAGUCGAUAACACCACAAACAUUUACCAUUUAGACGCUGCAACGCCGACAGCAACAGCAGUAGCAACAGUCGCUACAGUUACAUUAACACCAUUGCCUAAUACCAUUACAACAACAUCAACAACAACAACUACACGCUUAGAUAGUGCAACCGCAAUUAUACAAAUAGAUUCGCUUAACAACAACACAUCUAGCUUAAGUGUCACCACGAAUGCCAUCACAACGGCAACAACACCGACUAACAACAACGGCACCGUGUUGCUUACCACUAGCGAUGGCGGCGAGACAGAACCGAAAUCCCAAAAGCGUCGAUCAUUGCUCAACUUUAAAUCCUUCGAUUUCCACAUCAAAUCCCUAUACUCUGGUUUGCGCAACGGCAACAAGCAAUCCCACUCGCAGUCCUCUUCACUGGGUGGUGGCGUCGGUGGGAGCACAAGUAAAAGCGGCGGCAGUGGCGUUGAUGGCGACGAGAUCACUGACAAUGCUAACGGCAGCGGAUUACUUGGUGCCGAUACGCUAAUCGUGGGUAAUCGUGGUGGCACUAUCGCAAUUAACAAUCGCAUGCCUCCCUAUCUGAAAAUCGAAUCUGUCGAUGCGGAGGAAGCGGAAAACCUACUGCUCGAUUAUCCACAAUCACCGUACUCGUCACGUCGCAAUAGCUCGCACGAGGACGAGAAUCGUUCUAGCUCACAAUUGUUGCACAUUAAUCGCUAUGAUAUGUGCUCGCGCUCUCAAGCUAGUUCGCCUUCGCCUUACUACCUGUCGCCAUAUGCCAUCGAUUCGGGCAAUAUGCGACGCUCCUCUACGUCGGACAUUAUGUCGUGCAAGCGCAGCGGUACAUCCAGUGCGAGCGAUAGCCGUCGGCCGAGCACGAGCGAUCUAUUGCGGAAAGCGCGUGAGCGGCGCGGUAGCGAGGCGCGAAUGGGCCGCAGCGUUUCGCAUAGUGGACUGCCGCGUGGCGGACCGCGAUUAGGAGGUUCGGGUGGUGGUGGUGGCGGCGGUGGACGACGUACGAGUAUGGCAUUUUAA